AUGACUCCUCCUCCUGGCCUUCAAGUGCCGCCAGGAUCUGUUUGUCAUCUUUGCCGUGCUCUCUAUGGUCUCAAACCGGCUCCUCGUGCCUGGUUUGAGAGGUUCAGCACAGGUGUUGAGGCUGCUGGAUUUUCUCUGAGCAUACAUGAUCCGGCAGUCAUCAUUCAUUCUUCACCUCAUGGUCGGACCAUUUUUCUUCUGUAUGUGGAUGAUAUGAUUCUUACUGUUGAUGAUUCUGCUCAUAUUACUCUUGUGAAGCAGAAACUGUGUGAGACCUUCUUGAUGACUGAUCUCGGUCCGCUUCGUUAUUUUCUGGGUAUUGAGAUCACAUCUCAUUUUGAUGGUUAUCGACUAUCUAAGCAAUGUUAUACUCUUGAUCUUCUUGCCCGCUCUGGCUUGACUGAUACUCGUACUGUCGCUACACCGAUGGAGUUGCAUUUGCAGCUUCGUGCUUCUGAUGGGAUUCCCUUACCACAUCCUUCUCGCUAUAGGAAUCUUGUUGGCAACUUGGUAUAUUUUACUGUUACACAUCCUGACAUUUCGCACAUUGUGCACAUUCUUUGUCAGUUUGUUGCGGCUCCCACCUCUAUUCAUUAUGGACAUCUUCUCCAGUCCACUCUUCAGCUACAGCCCUACUCUGAUACUACUUGGGCCAGCUCUCCUGAUGAUCGGGUCUCUGUUACUGGCUAUUGUGUCUUUCUUGGGUCUUCACUUGUUAUUUGGAAGACUAAGAAACAACAGACAGUUGCCAAGUCUAGUGCUGAGGCUGAGAUUUGUGCUUUGGCUUCUAUAGUGCAUGAGGUACUUUGGAUUCGCUCGAUUCUGCUUGAUUUUGGUGUACCGAUCCAUUCUCCUAUUCCUAUAAACUACGAUAGUACGGGAGCCCUUCAGAUUGCUGCUGAUCUAGUCAAGCAUGAGCUGACCAAACACAUUGGUGUGGAUGCACACUUCAUCCAUUGUCAUGUCCGUGCUCAUACUGUCCCGCUCCAUUAUCUUCCUACAGAGGUUAAGGUGGCUGAUUUUUUCACUAAAGCACAGACACGUGAUCAGCAUCUAUUUAUGUUAUCCAAACUCAAGACACAUGAUCCACCUUGA